GGUCCUGCCUUCUUCGCCAAUAAUCCGUUGUUAAAAUGCCGUCCCUUUAUAUGGCAGCAGAAUCUGAUUUCUGGAAGGGUCUCAGCAUAUUCCUCUAUUAAACUUCAUGAUAUUAUGUUACCAGAGCCAAUAUUUUACUGUAUCAUUGUUUUUAAAAGCCAGAAUGAUAUAUUAUGUUUCGUGGUUAUUUUAUAAUUUGAAAUCAAAGAGCUUGAAGACAAAACAGGUAAAGGAGUAGCCUUUAUUUUGAUGUCGUAUUUACAACUUAGUAACUUUGAUAAAACACAAUUUUUGUUGUUACAACAACUCCAAAAAGGCCACUCCAAAAGGUGGCGAAAAAGCAUCAAUUGCCUACAUCACAUUUUGCUACAGCUUAUGCAUACUGUGCGGAGAUAGUCUAAAAUGCUGAGCGUGAUCGUCUAUCUAAUCAAUUUUACUGAAAAUCCAAACAGAAUCUUAAAUGCGUCCAGGCAAUAAUAAAGUAAAUAGCACUAAAAUAAAGCCAAAUUAUGCACCUUUUAUGGUUUUGACUUCAAAAUGCAAAAGCCUUGCAAAAGACUUUCACUAACAAGUUAUCUAAUAGCUUAAAAGCCCGAGACUUACUCCCGAUACUUUUAGUAAGCGGUCUGGAACUCACGCUAAUAGUUUCACUAACCGAAAAGUAAUCAGCUAACCAGAAAACUAGUUAUUCAAAAGACUGUAGACUGUAGCACAUGAAAGGUAGGGUUAGCGAUGCCGGAAUCAAGGGAGGUUCGUCCUUUUUAGAAAAGUGCUUUAGUGGUCCCCCUCUAAAGAAUUGGUAGAGAAGGCUCCCUUCUUCUAGGAACCAGUUUCCCUCCCUACCACGGGCUUAUCUCGACUUUAGUCUAACAUCGCUUUGAAUUCCCGAGGCUUGCGGAGGGAGAGAUAGCAAAUUGGGUACAUUAUAUAUCCAAUUAUUGCAGUGUCAAGUUUCUAUGGAAGAUGAUACCCCACUUCCCUCAUUCCGGAACGCCGUUGUGGGGGCUUGUUGGGCUCUGCCCCUUGAUAAAAUCCAGAGAGAUGUCGGUGGCUUGUAGAUCCACCAUUUUCCCUCAAUCAGAACUAUAGAAACUUGAAGAAGCAGUUGUUUUGAAAACGCUAGAAAGAAAUAAAAUAUAUAUUAAUGAAAAAUUGUUCGCGCAUUAUUUUGCACACCGGCAAUUCCCUCGCAUCCUCUGUGAAUCACAGAGUGAUUCACUUGAUCUCUCGUGACCUGAUUGGGCAGGCGCUCGCUGCAUAAGGCAUUCCCUGGAGGGUCCGGAAGGAGACCUCACAUUUAUGUUAAAGAUGGCAGACAAGAAGUGUUGCUUAUGAGUUUGGUCGUUGGACUCGACAUCUUUAGAGAUGGGGAUCCUGGUUAAAGUCGGCAGCAUUCCAAAGAGUGUAAAAAUUGACAGGCUAAGCUAUCAUCUUGCCAACAUUCAAGGAGGAAGUGCUUUGGUUCAUGUUGAAGAUUUUGGACUAUACUACAAUGCAAUAUAUAGAUUCUUUGAUGGGAAGGCUGGAGAGGAAGUCAUAAAGCUGUUUGACCAAAAGUUUCUAUUUGGUGCCAAAUUGUCAUUUAACAAAGUGUCAAAUGACCAGCAACAACAAUAUGGCUCUUGGAAUAGUAAUUUUGGUCAGAAAGGCUACAGAUAUUGGAACUCGAUUCCUUCCCAACCACAACAAGGGGAUGUCUACCCCGGAGCAGGCCAGAUUCUGCAGAACGCAAUAUUUCAAAGUAUUCAAGGAGCUGCAUUGAAUAUGUUGCAAAGACAGCGAAUGAUCGCAAACCAACUUGCGUCUUCUAAUUUACCUCUUCACUGGACACAAGCACAAGAUUGGUCAAGAACUAGGCUUGCACCCAGACAGCAGCAACAAAACUUCGUCCAGGGCAGUCGAGCUGUUGUACCUAGACCACUGAUGGGCCCACAAGAAGAAGCAGGCAUUGAACAGAGGGGUCUUGUAAAAGCCUCAUUAAAUAAUUCAGAGGCUGCUGGGAACAACUUGACUGAUAAACGUAAAGUCGAGAUGCUUCUUAAAUUCAAGCAAAAGAAGCAGGAACAUGAGAGAAAAGCAAAAACUGGACAGAAUGGCAGCACAUCCAGGGGAUUACUAAAGGAUCAGCAGAUUUCUGAGACAAUGUCAGAAACAGAGAGGCAAGGAAGAGUGUCCAAUACAACUGAAAAUGUUAAUGGCCAUGGAAAUCGUGCAAACUCAACUCAGAAUGAAUACAUUCAAUCAAAGACACAUGCAACAACAUUUUGUACUGAAAUGAUCUCCGAUGACGAAGUAUUUGAAAAAGAAGAGCCAUUUUCCAAUCAGUCAGGCAUUGCAGUGCAUGGCAAUCAAAAGGCUAGGAAAAAUUCUUCCGUUGGUAUUCCAGGAAAUGGUUCAAAAGGCUCUUCUGUAAAAUCAGAGUCAGAUGGCGUUAGUCUACCACACGGUGAAGUUACCAAUAUCCGUCAACCAACAAUGGGUGCGCCCUCUCAACGUUCUUCUUCGGUUGUUGCGGAGGAUAAAAAGAGUUUGUUGAAAAAUAGAAAACUGCAGGCUGGAACCUGUAGUUUAAAUGGUAAAAUCAAGGCUCCUAAAAACCGCAAAGUGUUUAAAGAAUGGCAGAAAAAUACUAACUACAAUGGUAUGAAAAGAUUUCGGGACUGCAAUAUGAACAAUCAAAGAAAUAGCUCUAAAGACGAGAUGACAUUCCAUUGUGGAAAAAACAUCGAUGAAGCAAAUUCAGUUAAUGCUGCUACAAAUCCACAGAAGGAAAAUGAUUCUUUUCUUAAAGACUUUGAUAAAAGUAACAUCAGGAUUUAUGGAGGUAAAAAGACUGCUUCUACUCGGAAGAAUGGCACAGGCAGGAUAGCAAAGAAGCUUUUGAAAAGAGCAAAAGUGAAACCUGGAAAUAAACAGACAAAUAAAGCCAAGAUGAAUUUUAACUGCCAUAAAGAUUCAUUCCUUCAGAAAAAACAACAGAUAUUUCGCCAAGACUCUAUAUUGAUUUGCAAAAUCAUGAAGUUGGUUGCCAGAAAGCUUCCUGAUCAGGAAGAGAGGCUUGUGCAUGCGAUGUAUGAGAUUUUAACCGAACUAAGUGACGAGGUACUCAUGUCUUGCGAAAGAUUCAAAGACAGGGGCGAGAAGAACCGACUGGCUGUUUAGGAUCACAGUCCUUUUUGAGAAAUGGCACUUAAGAUGGUCCAAGUGUGAAAGGAAAACAUAGGUUAAUAUAUUUCGUCAUAAUUAAGUGAUUCUUAAAUUUUACACAGUGUUCGGCAAAACUACAAAAAAUAUAUCUGGCUGACCCCCAUCCACUACACUCUUGUCAUAUUAUGCUGUGUGCCUUUCUUUUCUAAUGACAAAUAAUGACAAAAAUCUACGCUUCGACAUAUAUUGUACUAUCCGCACAAGGGAAACGACCAAUCACAAAUGAAAUAAAUUCAAUAAACGCAUCAUUUAUUGAAAUAUUGAACUAUGAUUUUUGAACUACUGGAAAGAAAUUUAAUACAGUGAAAUAUUGACAAAAAUUUCAAGUUGUAGAAAGUACUCCAACUUCUGUAAAUAACUCAAAACAGAAAACGUUACUGUUGAUUUCCUACUACAGAUUAUGCAGAAAAAAAUUUAUGUUAAUUUAUGUUAAUUUAGUCGCUAUUUAUUUUUAAUGCAGCUUCAUAAUUCUAAAUUCACAAAUAAUGGCCAUCAUCACAAUGGCAUUGCAAGGGAAAUAAUGCCAAGUUUAGUUCCAAGCUAAGGGAAAGUGGUAUGAAACUCAAACUGAGGUGCUUUAAGUCUGCAGCGCUUUAAGUUUGCAUCUAAGUCGUUCUCAAUCGUACCCUUUCAAAUGAAAGACUCUUUAAGUUAAAGAUAGAAUCCAUUCUUAGUGUUACAUAUUUACAAGCGAAAAUUUUGUCUGACCACCCUCAGCGGCAUUAUUUUACCCUCUUAUAUACUCACUAAACUUCGUUGCAUUUUCCGUGCAUGUGCCUGAACGGUGCAUAUGCCCUUUAGAGGGCAUCGCAGAUUUCUAAAAAAAGUUAUGUUCGCGCAUUGUGGCUUGAUUGGAGUUCUCUGUAAAUCCUGUUCAGUUUUAUUCUUAGAUAAUCUUAGAUUUAUCUAAGAAACUGCCCCAUUUUGACCAAAUUCCUGCAUUCUAAAGGAUUGGCUGCCGAGAAGAGGAAGGUGUUGAAAAGAGGGCAUUGAUAGCUUACUUAAAAUAAGAAGGCGUUCACUUGUUGGUAUUUGUCAAAGUUUUUCAGAAGUGUAUUUAUCGGAGUUUCCUUUUGUAUCAUGUAAAUAUAAAGUAGUAGCAGAAAGGGUGUAACAUACCUCAACUUUAUUUGUUGUUCGAGGCCCAUGCAAAGUAAAGGUUACAAGUAUGUAUUAAAUAAUAUCCCUUGAUAUCCCGGAAGUGUGUAAUAGAGAUACUUUUUAGAAAAGGCGUUGGUUUCUAAUUGAAAUAAGUUGGCUUAAAUCAGUAGGAAGUAACAGUUGCAAAUAACAGGGAAGGUAAAUUAGAAUUAAGUCUAUGGGCUUAUUUGAAUUAACGAAAUAGAAUGUGAAGAAACCAUUAAAAUAGGAAUACGUUUAGAAGGAACAACAAACUCACAACACAGAAGUCAAUUCUAGCAAUCGACUUUUCCUAAUCGUGGGAAUGAAUUCCACUGGGUGAACAUUGUUCAGCAGUAGCGAUAAAAAUUUAUCAUCUUUUUGCUGUUUCAUGGUUUCGUUUAAGAGGCCAUGAUAUUCGUUUUGUUCUUGCAAUGUUAAAGAUAUUGAUUCAAACCGUUAUAACGAUAUUUAAUUAUUCAAAAUUAUACUGCAUCAAGAAAACAUUUAAAAACGGUAGUUGACACAUUGAUUUUUACAUUCAUAAUAGUUAUAUAUAGUUGCAUACGUACACACUUCUAAACUUUGUACAUGUUUAUAGACCGGACGUGAAGUUUUCGAUACUUCAACAUAUUUCUAUAUAUUUACCGCGUUGCAGUUUGAAUUUUUUGCGUUUAAAUGUUAGUAAAAAAUUGUAUAUAAAUAUUUUGCUAGAAUCGAGCUUCUUAUUUCUUCUUCCUGACAUCAGAUGCAUACUUCAAUCCACUCAAUUAGUAUGGAUAAUUUUUUACAUAAACUCGUCGAGCAGAAUUUAAUUUAUACCUUUACAGGCACCGCGUAGCAGGAGCGUAAAGAAUUUUAGCCCCCCUCCCUCCACUUUUCUACGCACUCCGCGGCAGAGGUAGCGCCAGAAAUCUUUCGACAGAUGGGUUGGAGCUUCCGACAGGAGGGCUAAAAUGACUAAAAUAUAAAUAUUUUCUCGUCUUUUUCUUUAUAACAUAACCUCGGAUUUUUCGUUAUAUCCUUUGUUUCCUCGAUCCUCCAUCUUAAUUCAAUUACACCUAAUAUAUGCUUGCCUGAUAACAGAUAUACUUUACAUUUGAUCUUUGUAUUCUUGUAUACAGGGGUGGACACUUGAUCAAAUGCUGGGGGGAGGGGGCAAGACUAUUGUUCUGAUAAGAUGACGUCACAUUUCCCCAUUGUUUUAAAAAAGAUCAUUGUUCUCCAUGAUUUUGAGGCCAACUUGAUGUGUUUCUUAUAUACGCCUAUUUCACGUUUUUUCUUUUUUCACCAUUUUCACGUAGGAGUGUAACUGGUUAAACUUGGAAGUUUAACCAGUUACAUUCAACUUAGUUUAGCUUGUUAAUCAUUAUAGAUGAUGAUUAUUCGUGGAAGGUUAGGGGGCAAUCGAAAAGAAGUGGAAGGGCCGUUAAAGAUUGGCAAUAAAGAAGAGGGGAACAUUCGAAACAGAUAUAUACAGAGUUGAAGAAUGAGGCAACUAUAUAUUGUAGCACAAAGAAAUGUGAAAAACAGAAAGACUGAUCUUAAAAUCUAAAGAAAAGGAGACGAUGGUCAUUAAGGGAAAGAGGAAGAUCAAAAAGAAGAAGUAGGUAAAAUAAAGUUGGUCAGAAACGGUGAAUGCCAUUUGUUGAUAGAAGCAACAGAAUGGAGAGAGAUUCAAAACGCUACUAAUUACCAAAAAGAUAUGAGACAGGGACCAUUCAGAAAAGUGCCCCAAAAAAGGCACAGAAAGGAUGAUAAGGAGAUUUGAAGUUGAAUGCACUCGUAAAAUGACGAAAUGUGUAAAAGCACUCAGAAUGUUCUGGUCUAUACACUGAGUUGAUCAAGCCUUUAAGAGGAGAUGGUGUCGAUAUUCUGAACAACGUGUUGGAGAUUGUCUGGUUUGAAGAAGCGAUGGACGAUGGCAGCAAACAGUGCUUGUUUGUAACAACAAGAAAAAAGAUUCUUAAGGAAUGUUUGAUCAUGCGAACGCCGAGCACUGUUGGUGCAAAAGUAACAGAAAGGUUUGACGUUACUUAUUUCUGUACCCUUUAAAGCAUAUUGUUGCAACGUUCUCUUAUACUCGAACAUUUCUUAUCUUACCACAA